CAGUUGCUCAGUUGUCUUCGGGCUUUUGCGUCGACCGCUCGCUCGAAAAUUGCCGCGUAGUUUACCUGGACGUGACACCCGCGAUGUGCCCCUGAUAGUGACAUUUUAGUGUUGUGCUCUCAAGGACUGGUCCAAAAUGUUGGCCGACGGGGAACUGGUAGGAGACGGGUCGUGGAACCUGACCAUCUAUGUGAGUGACAUGAAUAUGUCACGUACGAUGGUCGCGAAGGGCGACAUGCACAUUGGAGGAGUCAUGCUGAAACUCACAGAGAGCUUUGGUAGAGAAUUCAAAAAGGACUGGUCAGACCACGCGCUGUGGUGGCCGCAGCGCAACAAGUGGCUGUCGCGGCCGAAGCACACCCUGGACCAGUACGGGGUGCACGCGGACGCCGUCCUACACUUCACGCCCAUGCACAAGCCUCUCCGGGUGCAGCUUCCGGACCUCCGCUAUGUGGACUGCAGGAUCGACUUCUCGAUUAACACGUUCAGCGCCGUGGUGCAGCUUUGCAAGAGUCUUGGAAUAAGGCAUCCGGAAGAGCUCUCACUAUGCAUACCUCUGGAGCCGUCGCACUUGAAGCAGAACUACCAGAGCCUCAAAGAGGUGAAGAGACGGGGCAACAUGUCCCCGGCCACGAACAACUUCAUCGGCAUGACGCGCGGGUCGUCCAACAGCCUGGACAAGUCGAACGGGGGCUGCCCCGCCACGCCGCCGCCGCCGCGGUCGCUCUCCGCCACCCCUGUGGCUUCACAGCAGAACGGCACGCUACGUCGUUACGGCGGGCACAUCUACAGCACACAGAGCGACGGGUCCAGCGACGGCGGCUACUGCGGCACCCCUCCCCGCGCCGCCUCCCUUGACGCCCUGGACUCAUUAGCUGACCUCUCAUUGGCUGACUCCCCUAUCGACCCCGGCCCGCAGAGCAGAGAAUCCUUGCUGACCCCGAAGUCGCUGAUGGAACGAGCGAGGAUGAAUGUUGGCUGGCUAGACUCCUCCCUUUCAAUAAUGGAGCAAGGCAUCCGCGAGUGGGACACCCUCCAGCUGCGCUUCAAGCUAUACUCCUUCUACGAGCUGUCAGCGCGACCCGCGGACGCCGCGAGACUCAACCAGCUGUACCAGCAGGCGCGCUGGCAGCUGCUGCACCAGGAGCUCAUGUGCACCGAGGAGGAGAUGAUGCUGUUCGCCGCGCUACAGCUCCAAAUCGAGCUGCAAACCCUGGCGGGCGGCAGCACAGAGUCGGUCGACGGCGCGCGCGCCCCCUCCCCCACGGCCGCGGCGGCCGAGGACGAGAUCGACGCCGCCCUGUCCGAGCUACAAGCCCAGCUGGAGGGCGGGCCGCCGCCCAGUGGAGAUAUUACUUCUGUGCCGGAGCUGGCCGGGUACUUGAAGUAUUUGAGGCCAAAGCGCUUCACCCUAAAGGCUUACAAGCGCGGCUGGGUCUCCUGCCGCGACGGCGUCCUCCGCAUCCAUUCAUCGCGCGAGGCGGCGGCGGCGGGCGACGCGCCGUCGGUGGUCGUGGAGCUGCGCUGGGCCGAGGUCACGCCGGACGCGCACCCCGCGCAGAGGAAAUACGCGAUUAAGUUGGAGGUGCCGUCGGAAGAUGCCAUGCAUGAGAUGUGGCUGCGGUGCGAGAAUGAGGACCAGUUCGCUGAUUGGGUGGCGGCGUGCCGGCUCGGCUCCCGCGGCCGCUCAUUGGCCGAUUCCUCCUUCACGACGGAAGCAGCAUCAGUCAAGGCGCUGCUAGCGCUGCAGAAGCCCCAAGUGGGCGUGGCCACGGUGCAGAACUUGCCGCAUCACAUACAGCCGGAGAACUAUGUCGCGCCGCGGUUUAUCAAGAAACUGAAGGGGAAACUUACCCAGCGGGUGCUCGAAAGCCACGCCAACGUGAAAGACCUACCUCUCCUAGAGGCCAAGCUUCAGUACAUUCGCGCGUGGCAAGCUCUACCAGACUAUGGACAGUCUCUGUUCGUAGUCCGCUUCAUGGGACACAAGAAGGACUCACUCAUUAGUGUCACUAACAACAGGCUGAUGCGGCUGGAUCCUAAUACGGGGGAUCAUAUCAAGACGUGGCGUUAUAGCACUAUGAAGGCAUGGAACGUGAACUGGGAGAUCAAGCACAUGAUGGUCCAGUUCGAAGAGGGCAACAUCAUAUUCUCCGUCCAGUCCGCCGACUGCAAGGUGGUUCACGAGUUCAUCGGCGGCUACAUAUUCCUCUCGAUGAGGUCCAAGGACGCCAACCAGACGCUGGAUGAAGAACUGUUCCAUAAACUCACCGGUGGGUGGACGUAGGUGUCUAUGGUCGGUUUUGUCUGUGGUCUGUUUUGUCUAUAGUCCUUUUUUUGUUUUUUUUUGUUUCAUAAAUUUUAAUAUAAGCGAAUGAGUUGGUAUGGAUACGGAAGCCGGUUUUGGAGAGAAUUAUUACGUGGAACUGUCUACUAUAGUAAAUAAUUUCAGUUCAAACUGGAAUUCGCAUGAGUGCCCCAAGCGACGCAAACACUACUAAGUAUUCUGAAAAUGAACUUGCAACUGAAAAAAUAUUUUUAAAUAUAAUGUAGAGCUAGCUUACGAAAUUCAUGAAUGUAUUAUACAAACUAUAAAUGUUUAUUCUGAAAAGAGAGUAUACGAUUCGAAUAUACAGAUUUUAUAAGUUAACUUUGUCUAAAGUUGUCUGAUGCUUCUGAAAUUUCUAUUUUAUUUCCUCUGUCUCCCUCUUUCAUAUUGUACUGUAACUGUUAAGAGUAAUUUAAAGUACUCAACAAAGGUGUCUUUCGAAGGCUAUACAUAAAUUUUGAAGAUUUUUUUUAAGUGUUUAAAAUACUGGUCGUUUUAAUAUUUAAAAAGGGACAACUAUUAUAAAUUUGUAUUUUUAUACUUAUUCAUAUAAAACAAAGUAUUUGAUUAAAAAUAGAUCUAAAGUAGGUUUUAGUGCUUCCAAUGUAGUAUUUAAUUGUUCAUUAAUAGGUUUUUCUAAUUCAUUGACAAAUAACUUAUUUCUAAAAGUAUUUUUUUACAUUUUCUAAAUAUACAUUUCAAGAAAUAACCUACUAUACUGAGACGUAUGCCUGCCUACAAGGUUUUGAAAUAUCUAAUUUUAUCAUUAUGAAACCUUCACGCGUAUAAUUAAGUUUAAUUAAUUUAAUUUAAUUAUUAUGUUUUAAAUAUUGACUUUGCGCGGGAUAAGAGCUUUUAAAUAGAUAAAUGUGUAAUAUGAAUGUCUAGUUUGUUUUUAUUACCUUUGCCUACCUUUAAAUUAAUCAUUUUAGUUAAAAAUUGAGUUUUGUAAAGUGUUAGGUAAUAUACUUAGGUACUUACAUAAGUAAAUAUUUUUUUAUAGCAUGACACAUUUACAAGAGAUAAAAAAUUAUUGUGUCUUAAAUAAUUUUGCAUUAUAAAUUGUAUAGCUGUUAUAGUUUAAUUUAAGGUUAUUAUAUAUUAACACAACCAAGCUGACUAUUUUCAAAUGCCAUUGAAUUAUAAUUUGUAUACACAAGUGCUUUAGGUCCACUUUGGUGCUGUUGUAAUCGCAACACAAAAAUAGUUAUAAGAAUAAAAACAAUUCACACCAUUAUGUGGCCUUAACAUUUGGAAAGGUUAAUGUAUUUUUAUAUCUACAUUGUAAAUAACAUUAGUCUAAUAUAUCUUAGUGUAUUGUACACCAGUGUCGUUAUAAUAAACAUAGGUAAUUAUACUAUUGCUUCAUUUACAAAUUACAUAAAUGCAAAUAUUAUUGUUAAUGACUAGUCCGUGUAAGAUCGCAUAUAAUGCUUAAGUUUCUUUCAUAAGGCUUUUUAUGGAUAUAAUAUAAAUGUACUUGACAAAGUUUAACAUUAAAUAUAAUUUUGAGGUGGCCUUAUUUUACUGUAGGUAUAUUGUACAAAAUGUAUGUACAAGUGUUAGUUUGUAAAAUUAAUGUCAGGUUCAAAUAAAUGAUAACAAAUUAAAAA